AUGUCUUUCGGGUGGUCCGCUGGCGACAUCGCCACAGCCCUGCAACUGGUCAACAAGGUCUGCAUUGCUCUGAAAGACGCCGAAGGCUCCAAGGCCAACUAUCAAGAUGCCACAGCAUUCCUCAGCACUUUGUCGACGACACUUCGGACACUGAAAGAUAUUCAGACCAUAUCACCGCAUCCAGAGCUUCUACAGAAUAUGAGCAAUCAUGUUGCCCAUUUGAUGAAAGAGGUCGAUGAGUUCCUUCAAACUCUACAGAAUGAUUACGGGGACUCUUUAGGCCCUCAUCCAACGUCCGUUCGUUACAUGGUGUUCCGCAAAAUACAAUACGCUGCAUCAACUUCUAAUAAGGUCCAUGAUCUACGCGCGAAGAUCGGUCCUGAGUUAUCGACACUGCAGAUACAACUGAUCCAGCACAUGAUACAGAUUUAUACCGAAUUACCACGCGACAUACAGCGUCAAACGGAACAUGCUACCAAAACAGCAUUGGAAGCCUGCAGUCGGAAUCAAGAAAACGGAAGGAUGCUAAACUUACUAGAGUCCCAAGGCGUCAAAUUGGAUGGCUUUUUCGAACAAAAUGCAAAGAUUCUGUUCAUGUUCGAACAGUCACGGGGCCAGACACCUUUGCAACGGUCAUCCUUAUCAGCGAAUACACAAACUACUGGAGAAUCGGUAGUCGGAGAAUGCAACAGUCUGGAAACGGCUCUUUCAUCCAUAUCCCAAGAUGUUCGGCAAAUGGGUGGUUGUAUUAUUGGGAUCUUGAAGGCUGUGGCGUGCCUCCUCUCGUUCGCGAUGAUGGUAGGAUUUCGAGAUAUCAUGGUUCCAAUCUCCAACAGCUUCAUUUUCGCUCGAAUUUCAAGCGCAAGCUGCAUAAAACUCAUUGAUGCUUUAGGGCGUGAGUUUACUCUAUCUUACGAUUGUGCGAAGUCCUGGGAUAUUUUCGAAAAGGCGAUACAGGUGUGGUUCCGAGGCUGUCCCGGUAUGGACCUCGUCCGGCAGGGGAUGUACUGCGUCAGCGACGCAAUGGCCCCGUCCAUUCUCUUCGACAGGGAAUCGUGGUCGCACCGUAUCAAAGACGGCAUCACCAUCAAAAUGUCUGCUAUUGUGAAGACCUGUACGGAAUGUGGCGGCAGAAUGUCUCGCAGAUGGGACGGCAAACAGGCCUUUUGGUACGUGUGCCCCUUCCAAUUAUCCCUGCGGGCCCGUUGCCAGACUCGAGGGGCUACCGAGCCCGAACUUCCAAAUUCGAAUUGCAAUAAGCCAUACUUGACCAUCGGAAGUCAUCCCCUGGCACGGCCCGCUGAGGAGAGAAGGAGGCUUGAUAUAGACGACUAUUGA